AUGGCAAGAAAGCCAAGGUUGCAAAGGGAAUCUGUUUCCAUUGCAACCAGGAGGGACAUUGGAAAAGAAACUGUCCCAAAUACUUCGCGGAAUAGAAGAAGGCCAAGCAAGGAAAUUAAUUCUUGGAGGCAACUGGAAGUUGGAGAGAUGACGAUGCAGGUUGGAACUGGGGCAAGCUCGGAAACGGAGCAGUCAUUGAAAAAUCAAGAACGCAGAAAAUUUGUACUACAAGUUGGAUUUCUCAUUUCAUCUAUAACAGCCGUGUGCCUGGAUGUUUUGUUCUUCUACAUCCAUUACAUAGACGACGAGAAAAAAUGCUUCGCCGUCGACGACAAGGUCAAGAACGCAGCCAUUGCGGCUAGAUCGGUAACGGACUCCAUCCUUCUACUCGAAGUCAUCUACAAGAUCUGUUCAAGUUCAAUACUUCAACAAUGUGCGACUCAUCAGACUUUCUUUGGACGCCUUGCCGAUGUUGGGAAAAGGGUUCCAUGGAUGAAUGUCAUUGUCGACCUUUUGGCUCUGCUUCCCCUUCCACAGAUUAUCAUGCUGGUAAUGUUUGAAAGAAGGAAAAGUAUCAAAUAUUUAAAUAACAGGUGGCGGAUGAUCCUCCUGCCUCUCUUCCAAUUUAUCCCAAGAGUCAUCCGAAUCUAUCUGUUAUGUAAGGAGCUUUCCAGGAGUGCUGCUCCUAAUGACAUUACAGGAACUGGGCGGGUCAGAGGCACAUUCAAUUUCUUUCUCUUCAUUCUUGCCAGCCAUGUGGUUGGAGCAUUUUGGUACUGCUUCUCGGUUAUAAGGGAACUGCAUUGCUGGCAACAUGCCUGCAAAUUCAACAGUGGAUGUAGGGUGAAUACAUUUUUUUGUGACGACAUCACGGGCAAUGAACGGUUUGUUGAUGAGUUUUGCCCUAUUAAUCCACCUGAUCCGGCCGUAUUUGAUUUUGGUAUAUUUCUCGACGCCCAUCAAUCCGGUAUCUCGAGGGUAAAGGAUUUUCAAGUAAAGUUAAUCUAUUGCUUCUCUUGGGGGCUACGUGCACUAAGCUCAUUUGGUUCAAAUCUGAAGACGAGUAGCUAUUCAUGUGAAAACAUCUUCGCGGCUCUCGUUACCAUUGUUGGGAUCCUUCUAGUUGUUUAUCUUAUCGGCAACUUGCAGGUAUAUCUGCAGUCCGCAACUUCAAGAUCAGAGGAGAGACGAAGGAUGAUGCAAAACAAAGACUUUGAAUUAAAAUCCUGGAUAAAAGAAUACGAACUCCAGGAGGAGGAGAAAGAAAUCUUGCAGUAUGUGAGAGACAAGUUCGAGGGAAAAAAUGAUGUCAAUUUGAAAACACUGCUCGACGUGUUUCCACCUCUAUUUGUUGAGGACAUAAAGAGAAAACUUUGCUUGAAUAUCCCGAGGUUUGGUAAUGUUGACGAUGAGAAGUUAGAAAAGAUCAUCAAAUAUAUGAAGCCAGUGGUUUUUGCAGAGCAGAGCUAUAUUAUUCAAGAGGAGGAGCCUGUCGAGCAGAUACUAUUGUUCACGAAAGGUACUGCAUUGGCAUUUAGCAGGGAAACUGGAACUGUAAAAGCGACAAAGAUGUUUGUAAAAGGUGAUUUGUUUGGGCAGUCGCUACUGGAAUGGGCAGCGACGAAUGGUAUAGUAGAUGAAAUCCCUUUGUCCCAAUGGACUCUCAAGACUGAGACCCAGAUGGAAGCCUUCGCCAUUAAAAGGCUGCCGAUCCACAAUAUCAUAAGGAACACAAAUACAUUUAGGUUAAAUUAA